AUGGACCCGUCCGCAAGACGGGAUCCGGAGCUUGAGCAUUCCGCGGAGAGCGCGCCGCGGGAGCCUGCGCCUGCCGAGCCUCGGCCACGACUUCCUGCGCAUCCCUCCGCAAGCGAGCCCGUUCACCGAUUCGAGCGGGUGCAGACUCUUCCCCAUCAGCCAGCCUCGCGCCUCUCCCCCCCUGAGUAUUCGUGGGCUCCUGCGCGUGUAGCGUCGAACCGUCCUGACGGUCAGCAGCCGCAGCAGCGCGGGCGCUCGCCUCAGCGUCAUCCCCAACGGCAGCCGUCUCCUCGUCGCCUAUCUCCCGCGCGUCGCGAACAUUAUCAGCGCAGGGAGGGGGAUCCGCGCUCCCCUGACCGUCCUCGCUCUCCUCGGCGCCCGUCUCCUCGUGGUCGAGCAGGCCAGCGCUCACCCCGAGCGCGAUCCCCCGCUCAACAAUCACCGCGGCGAGCUCCGGCGACGCGGGGGAAGGGGUCGCCUGGGCGUCGCUGGGAAUCAGGUCGUCGCGAGCAGUCCCCUCCGCGUCCGAAUUCGGGUGGUUCCGCUGGGCGGCGGGGCCGGCGGAAUGGCGGAGGGCGCGGCUCAUCUGGCCGCCAGCCGGAUCCUGCUCUUGAUCACGCUGCGAACACAUUCGUGGAUGUGGUGCGGCAGGCCCGGGCGAGCGGGGGGCCGACUCACGUUCACAUCGAGGUGACAAAUGGCCCUCCCUUUGCCGCGGAUCCCGGCCCGGUGGCCCCACUGCGCGCGCCGAUGUUGGCCGAGUAUCUGCCCGCGCGGGUGGGGAGACCCGACUAUCGCUCCCCUCGUCAGGUUCCUGGCUUCUCCGCUGGGCGCUUGACUGUUGGCCGCGUUCCUGGCUGGUCGGCGUCGUUUCCGCUCGAAGAGCAGACUGCACCUCACCCCAAUCCCGUGGAGAGAGACCCCAUGCUGACCAUGUGCCGGAUAUUGAAUCUGGCGGAGGCGUGCGAGGUGGUGGCGAACUUGCAGCUGGCAGUGUGUGGGGCCACCCGGAACUUUCCGAGCAGGACGUCCCGUACAACAAGUUCAACGGCUCUCUCCCUCCCAUCUUCACCCGCAAAUCCUCUGAAGCUCUCCGCUUUUCCCACCCUCUCCCUCUCUCCCCUUGCAGGCACCUCUCUUAUUACAGGCUCAACAGCUCUCUCGCUCCCAUCUUCACCAGCAGCAGCUCGUCUUGAUCUCUUUGCUCGACUCUGA